AUGCACUUGAAGACUGGUUACUCCGGGCUUCCCCCGCCGACGGCGGCCGGAUCCUCUCCUUCAAAAUCAAAACAACAGCAGGUCACGGGGUGGAUCGGAAAAGGCCCCGCGGGUGUUGGGGGGACCGCAGCGUCGCGGGCUCAGUGUCCCGCAGCCGGUCGGACCCCACAGCCCCCGACCCCACAGCCGCCGGGCCCCCACUUCCCAGCCCCUUGGGAACCCCGAUCUCCCCCGACACUCUCCCCGCAACUCCCGGCCGCCGCACUCCCCACGUCCCCCGACCCGGGUCCGCCGCCACCGCGCACGGCACCGGAGCACGGGACACGGCCACCCGCGCGGCCGAGCCCACGGGAGGCGGCGUUACCUGCGGCGAGGCGGUCGGUCCGGCCCGCCGCAGCGGCGCGUAGGGUCAGGUACCAGGACUCCGCGAGCUCCGCGGCAGCCGACCGCCGCCGCCGCCGCCGUCAAAGCACGGCCGCCAACGCCGCCGCGCGGAGGGGCGGCGCCCGGACCUGCCGCGGAGGAAGCCAGACCGUCCAGGACUCCGAGUCGGCCGAGACCUGGGCAUGCGCCGCCGAGGGCCACUUGGUGAGGACGCCGAUGUCAACAAGGCCUGGGGACGCCCCAUCCCGGCCCCGCCUCCUCCGGGAUCGCCCCGCCCCCCCAGACCCCAAACAACGCGAGGCCUUGCUCGGGGUCGGGGGCUGCCAGCGGUCUCAGGACAGAUCUCGCGAGAUCAGGACCAGCCUCGCCGGUGCCGGAAGUUUGGAGCCCCUGGCGAGGGGGUCCGCGGGUGGCUGGCGGUGGCAGGCGGUGGCAGGCGAUGGCGGCGGAGCGGGGACGGAAGAUGCCGCCCUGACGCGGCGGGCAGGGCGUCUUAGCGUCGCCCAGAUAAAUUCAGUGUUGGUGUAUCUUAGAUAAGUUAUUUUACAUAACAAGUUAUCUUAAAGACCAUAGACAUGGAUUGACGAGAGAGGGGAAGAGCCAUUUCUAUGCCUCUGCCUUAACUCUCCCUGCCUUCCUAGAUCCGACCAGUGUUUUGGU